UAAAUAUUAUUUCCCAUCUUUGCACAGGAUCCAAUAUUCUGCAAGACCAUUGUCAAUGAAUAUGUAUCAAAGAUGAAUCUUGAGAAACCCGUGUAUCAUACUGUUAAGGAAGAGGGGUUGCUCCAAGUAUUCACCUCUUCUUUAGUCUUUAACGAGGUCAAAUACACCGGGGAGGUUUGUAGAACAAAGAAAGACUCUGAGUUACUAGCAGCCCGCGCUCUUAUUAUUUCAAUUUUGGGUAAGUCUGAUACAGGAAUAAUGAUGGCUGCAAUAGUAAAAUCAAAGUCAAAAAAACAUUACGACUUGUUAAAUAAUGGAAGGACUAUUGCUCCCCAGGAUUAUGUAGUUGCGGAAGUAGUAAAUCCUGAGACAAGUCUUGUGAUACAACCCGAUAGUCAGGUAGAAGAAUUGGUUGUUGUUACUAGGACUGAUGAUAACUCAAAGGGCUUACUACUACCACACACUACCAAUGUUCAUCACCCUGAUCCUUCUGAUAACUCAAAGGGCUUACUCCAAUUGGUUCCACUCUCAUUGGAUGAGAAGCCUCUUGAUGUCGAAGGUGGUGGUCCUCCGGAAAAUCGAAAAAGAUCAAUGAAUAACAGCACAACAAAGAAUAAUAAGAAACUCUGCAUAAAUGCUCAAGUAGACAGUUCUGUUGCGGAGAUGAAGAUGGGUCAAGUUUUGGCUGAUGUUGUGCAUUCGAACGAGGCUCCUUCUUGUUCAGUUGGGCCUUGAGUAUUCGGAUUGAGUUAUCUCCUUGACAUUUAGACAUGGUAAUGGUAUUAAUCAUUUUUGGAUAGAGUAAAGACUUGUUGUUAUGCUAUGACAAUGAUGAUGUUGUGACUGAUA